AUGUCAGACUUCACGUCAGGCCCCGACUUUUACAUGGGCGCGGAUACCCCGGCAGAGACGGCGUCGGUGGUGCCGUCCGAAAGUACCAGCGCCCGCGGCAGCAUCCAUCAGGCAAAAGAUCAGCUCGUGGUGGCACUGGACUUCGGUACAACAUACAGUGGUAUCGCUUAUGCCUUCGCCAAUGUUCCAAAGCCAGACAUUGUUUCCAUCAUGGAUUGGCCGGGCCUGGAGGGCUUCUCACAACCCAAAGUUCCUACCGUCAUCUGCUAUGGCGAUGGUGUUGCCAGUGGGGUCACUUGGGGUGCUCAAAAACAUAAGAGUGAUAUCGUGCAGGGCGUGAAGCUCCUUCUGGACCCCAAUCAGCCACGACCGCUGUAUCUUCCCGAAUCAACAGUGAAGAUGGACCUCAGGCGUCUUGGGAAGCCUCCAGUCGAAGUAGCUGCCGACUUCAUUCGCUCCAUGUAUCAACAUGCCAUGGAGAAGAUCGAGUCCACCAUUCCGUCGGACUACUUGAGGAUGUGCCAAAAGAAAUUUGUCCUUACUGUACCCGCUGUGUGGUCUGAUAAGGCCAAGGCCGUGACCAUACAGGCUGCCAAGCGUGCAGGCAUUUAUCCUAUCAAGUUGAUCAAAGAACCUGAGGCUGCGGCUAUGUAUACUUUGCAUAUGCUCCAGGAUAAGGCACUGGCCGUUGGGGAUGCCUUUGUGAUCUGUGACGCGGGUGGUGGCACUGUGGAUCUGAUAUCUUACGAGAUCACCCAGCUUUCACCAAGACUCGAGCUCAAGGAGCUUGUGCCUGGUAAAGGUGGGAUGGCUGGGUCCCUCGGUCUCAACAAGCGAUUCGAAGAGGCAGUCCGAAACCUCGUCGGCGAGGACCAGUUCUACAGCUUGCGAAAGACCAAGGGCUACGCGCAGGCUGUCCAGCAAUUCGAUCGGUCUGUCAAGACGGCCUUCCGGGGAGAUCUGGAUGAGGACUACUACAUCAACUUCCCCAUGGCUAGCCUCGCUGAUGACCCCGCCAACAACCUCAUAUCCAAUUGCUGGAAUAUGACGGGGUCCGACGUCAAGGAUAUCUUUGACCCGCUCAUCAGUGAUAUACAAAGACUCGUCGAGGAGCAAGUCAAUCUCGUCAGGGUGAAGAGACUCUCCGAGAGCCAUCCGGAGGCGCAGAAAAUCAAGGCAAUUUUCCUAGUUGGAGGAUUUGGUUCGAGCGAGUAUCUGAAAUCUUGUUUGGAGAGGGACCAUCCUGGAAUUCAGAUUAUCCAGCCGCAUGGUGCCUGGGCUGCCAUUGUCAAGGGUGCUGUCCUGAGCGAGCUGCCACAAGAGACUUUGGUCGUCUCAAACCAAGCUACCAGACAUUACGGCGUAUCUGCAUUGAGCAUUUUCGAUCCCAUCCAAGACGUCGGCCAAGCAAAAGUCUUCUGUCCCAUCAUAGGAUCCUUCAGGAUGACAUGGUACAUCCUCCGCGGAGAGGAUCUCGUGCGCGAGCAGGUCAUCAAGUUCCCUUUCGUCCGCUCUCUGCCUGAAGGCUUCACUCCCGCGCAGCUGGUGUUCAAGGACUGCCUCAUCCAGAGCGAGAAAAUGCUUGCUCCAGUCUACCCCACCAGCGGAGCCACCAAGACCAAUUGCGUGUUGACAGCCGACCUGAGGAGCGUUGACGGAAGCCAUUUCAGGUGGGUCCUCGGCAAAGAUGGCAAGAUCUACUACGAUGUUUGCUAUGAUCUUGUGAUCACCAUCAAGCCGGCGGUCAUGAAGUUCUCGCUGGAAGUCAAGGGAAAGGAGAUGGGGACUGUGGAUGCCAAAUACGAUUGA